GGGCGAGGGUUGUGUUUGCAUUUGGUUUCUUCCGUAUCCCCGCGCCGGGGUCAGAGUCCGGGCCCAGUAAGAGCCGGAGCGGGGAGUGGGGAAGAGUUCCGAACGAAGUCAGUUCCGGGUCCGAGGCCCGAUCUCUCGACCCUCUCGGGAGCACGUGGUCUGCCCUGCGCGUGACCCCCGAGUUCCGGAGCUAGCUGACCCCUGCUCUUCCUCGCCGCAGAGUCCAAACACGUGGGUAGCCUCCUCCUCCCUCCUUUCCUGCCAGCAUGGCAGCAGAGGCUCGGGGCGGGCUGGGGGGACCCCCGCUGCAAUCCGCCCGCUCCCUGCCGGGCCCUCCCCCCUGCCUCAAGCACUUCCCACUCGACCUGCGCACCUCCAUGGAUGGCAAAUGCAAGGAGAUCGCUGAGGAAUUGUUCAGCCGCUCCUUGGCAGAGAGCGAGCUCCGAAGUGCUCCGUAUGAAUUCCCAGAGGAGAGCCCCAUUGAGCAGCUGGAGGAGCGGCGCCAGCGGCUGGAGCGGCAGAUUAGCCAGGAUGUCAAGUUGGAACCGGACAUUCUGCUCAGGGCCAAGCAAGACUUUCUGAAGACAGACAGUGAUGCAGAUCUGCAGUUGUACAAGGAGCAGAGUGAAGCUCAAGGUGACCGCGGGCCCAGGGAGCGAGAUGGGCACCUGGAGCGGGAGUUUCAGAGGGUCUCCAUCUCUGGGGAGGAGAAGUGUGGGGUGCCGUUCACCGACCUAUUGGAUGCUGCCAAGAGUGUGGUGCGGGCCUUGUUCAUCCGGGAGAAGUACAUGGCCCUGGCCCUGCAGAGUUUCUGCCCCACCACGCGACGUUUCCUACAGCAGCUGGCCGAGAAGCCGCUGGAGACCAGGGCUUUCGAGCAGGGCCCAGAGACCCCUGUGUCUGCAGAUGCCCCGGUACAUCCCCCGGUGCUGGAACAGCACCCUUAUGACCACUGUGAGCCUUCUGCCAUGCCCGCGGACCUGGGCUUUGGCCUCCGCAUGGUCCGAGGAGUUGUCCACGUCUACCUGAAAAGGGGUCCCGAGGAACAGACAGAGCUGGAGCUGCCCUACCCUGAUCUCCAGGAGUUUGUGGCUGACGUCAAUGUGCUGAUGGCACUCAUCAUCAAUGGUCCCAUAAAGUCCUUCUGCUAUCGUCGACUGCAGUACCUGAGCUCCAAAUUCCAGAUGCACGUGCUGCUCAAUGAGAUGAAGGAGCUGGCUGCCCAGAAGAAGGUGCCCCACCGGGACUUCUACAACAUCAGAAAGGUGGACACACACAUCCAUGCCUCAUCCUGCAUGAACCAGAAGCACCUCCUCCGCUUCAUCAAGAGGGCCAUGAAGCGGCACCUGGAGGAGAUCGUGCACGUGGAGCAGGGCCGGGAGCAGACGCUGCGGGAGGUCUUCCAGAGCAUGAACCUCACAGCCUAUGACCUGAGUGUGGACACGCUAGAUGUGCACGCGGACCGGAACACCUUCCAUCGAUUUGACAAGUUCAACGCCAAAUACAACCCCAUCGGAGAGUCCGUCCUUCGAGAGAUUUUCAUCAAAACAGACAAUAGAGUCUCGGGGAAAUACUUUGCCCACAUCAUCAAGGAGGUGAUGUCAGAUUUGGAGGAGAGCAAAUACCAGAACGCCGAGCUGCGCCUCUCAGUGUACGGACGUUCUCGCGAUGAGUGGGACAAGCUGGCGCGCUGGGCCGUGGGGCAUCGCGUGCAUUCGCCCAACGUGCGCUGGCUGGUGCAGGUGCCCCGGCUUUUUGACGUGUACCGCACCAAGGGCCAGCUGGCCAACUUCCAGGAGAUGCUGGAGAACAUCUUCCUGCCGCUGUUUGAGGCCACGGUGCACCCCGCCAGCCACCCAGAGCUGCACCUCUUCUUGGAGCACGUGGACGGCUUUGACAGCGUGGAUGACGAAUCCAAGCCCGAGAACCAUGUGUUCAAUCUGGAAAGCCCGCUGCCUGAGGCCUGGGUAGAGGAGGACAACCCUCCCUACUCCUACUACCUGUACUACACCUACGCCAACAUGGCGGUGCUCAACCACCUGCGCAGACAGCGAGGCUUUCACACCUUCGUGCUCCGUCCCCACUGCGGCGAGGCGGGACCCAUCCAUCAUCUGGUGUCGGCCUUCAUGCUGGCCGAGAACAUCUCCCACGGGCUCCUGCUCCGAAAGGCUCCGGUCCUGCAGUACCUCUAUUACCUGGCCCAGAUCGGCAUCGCCAUGUCCCCGCUCAGCAACAACAGCCUGUUCCUCAGCUACCACCGCAACCCCCUGCCCGAGUACCUGUCCCGGGGGCUCAUGGUCUCGCUCUCCACCGAUGACCCCCUGCAGUUCCACUUCACCAAGGAGCCGCUGAUGGAGGAGUACAGCAUCGCCACCCAGGUGUGGAAGCUGAGCUCUUGUGACAUGUGUGAGCUGGCCCGGAACAGCGUGCUCAUGAGCGGCUUCUCUCACAAGGUGAAGAGCCACUGGCUGGGGCCCAACUACACCAAAGAAGGGCCCGAAGGCAAUGACAUCCGCCGCACCAACGUGCCGGACAUCCGCGUGGGCUACCGCCACGAGACGCUGUGCCAGGAGCUGGCGCUCAUCACGCAGGCGGUGCAGAGCGAGACGCUGGAGCCCAUCCCCGAGGAGGCCGGCCUCACCAUGAGCCCCGGGCCGCACUGAGCCCAGUGCCGC